AUGCUCGAGAUCUCGUUCUCCACUCCCCAAUGGCUUCUCGACUUUUACCACGUCAUCACCGUUCUCUCGGCCAUCACAAACUCGCUGGCAAUCUAUUUGAUUGUGUUCAAAAGCGGACACAUUGACAGCUUCAAACACUUUCUCUUGUGGUUCACGGUAUCGAUCUCCACAGUCUUUGAGCGCUAGAAGUAGGACCAUUUAGUUCAGAUUUGCUGUCUGUUGUCCGACUUUUUCAUGUUCUUCCUGAUGCAGCCGAUUCCGUUGCUUCCCAUCUGGGGCGGGUACAUCAAUGGCCCGUUUUGGACGGUUUUCCGGGUGUCCUGUCAUAGAGCAUCGGUGAUUCACCUUCUACAAUUGAAGUCUUAAAUGCGCUUCCAGAUGAUCAGUGGUUUUAUGAUCGGCCAACAGUUUGCCGCGUUGACACUAUGUUUUGUACGCAAAUGGCAGGCCAUUUCGAAAAUAGACUCAACAUCUCAAGUCUCUAAUGCCAAAGUUGUGGCGGUGAUCGUUCUGACGCAGUUUUUGAUUGUCAUCUGGUUGAUGCUUUACUGCCUCACAGGAAUUGAUCGGGCGGAUGCUUUGGAAAUGAUCAAAGCUGUAAGAGUCCAGAUCACAUCUUAAAUGUCUCAAAUUAGUUCAGAACUAUCCAACUCUUCUGGAACGAUUUCUGGAGCUCGACGACUUUCAACUGUACACCGCCAACCCGAUCACCAUUUGUUUUCUCGUUUUCGCUGCCGCGUCAGCCGCCGUUUUCAUCACGAUCAUCGCGGUUUCCACACUUCAAAUGCUGAAAUUACUCCGGAAUCUGGAAAUGCACGUCUCGUCGGCGCACGUAAAAAGACACCGAUCGGCAGUGAGCAGCCUCGUGGCUCAGGUUUCCGAUAUGAGCGAUAGAGAGUGUAAAGUUGCAUUUGUUUCAGUUUCUGACCUCCUCGGUGGCCGUGGUCCCGCCGGUUGCGUGCGGUGUUUUGUUGCGUUUCGAGUUCGAUCAUAUUCAAGGUUUUUUGCUAACAUGAGAGAACGCUUUGAAAUUUAAAAUUUCCCUUCCAGUCACUUGUUGGCUUCUUCUCGCCGUCAGCUCUUGUCACGGCGUUCUCAACAGUCUUGUCAUGAUUCUAACCUAUCCGCCCUAUCGGAAAAGUGUCCGGCAAUCGUGUGCUGGGUGCAAAAACGUUUUAUGGCCGUGGGCCUCGAACUCGCGACAAUGAGUUUACAAACUGAGCAGAAAUGCAAAACAAAGGCUCUGCGCCACACAGGCUGUUGUCGGAGGCUGGUGCCAGGGAAGUGAAGUUACCCGUCGCCCGCAAGUUGUGUGAAAUUUGAUUAACCAGUGUUUGACCGAAAUAAAAAGAAAAGAUACGGAAUGAAAAGUACAUUUCGCCUCGUUUUCUGCGUCUCGUUCCUACUAUCUAUCGUUUGGUUGUUCGAUUCGGUCAACAUUCGUACACACACACAGACCCUCCAUCGAUCAUUUCGCCACGAACAACGAAAAUGACCGAAACGGAGACUAUUGUGAAUCCGCCGCAAGCGGUUUUCGAUCAAAUUGUCAAGUUGGUAAGCUUCGGAAUCAUUGUUUUUUGAGCGCAAUCGAAAUAUUAUUGUUUUCUUUGAAGACUGGCGAAACGGAAGAUUGGGGAUUUCAGCCGAACGACUACAACUUUUGGUCGCAAAACUUUGACAAGUUCUGGCUGGUUACUGUCGUCGAGAAAGGUUGAAAUUCGUCUACUUUCGAGGUGAAAUGUCUCAAGUUCAGGAAGCCAGAACCUGGUGGCCUCGGUGUCUCUGGCUCGUUGGGAUGGUGCGGACGGACCGCUCUUCUCCGUCGGACUCUUCUAUUGUGCCGUCAAGUACAGAGGCAGCGGCUAUGGCAAACCGAUUUUCAAGCAAGUUAUGGAUAUUGUCGGACAGCACAAUGCUACCCUAACUGGCGGUUUGUCGUUUCAUUUUGAUCGUGCUUGUUUUCAAUUGGAACUAUCGAUUUCAGUUGUGAACAUGUCGGACAAGUAUGCGAAGGAUUUCGGCUUCGACAAGAUGCCCUCGUUCUGGCACCUCUUCAGCAGCAUCAAAAUGGACGAUAUCGUGAUUCCGGAGCAGUUUUCCGAAAAGUUUGUGAGCAAAGUGUGGACUGACGUGGAUUACGAGGCUCUGACCGCUUACGAUCGAACAAUUUGUACCCGAGAUCGGAAGAAACUCAUGACUUCCUGGUUCGAAUUGAAGGACACCUUUACGAGAGUGAGUUUCUCUGAUUGUGGUUCUGCCGGAACGCUUUCCUUUCAGGUAGUUCUAGACGUAACCGGCCACCACAUCGUCGGCUACGGUACCAUUAGAAUCGUGUCGAAGAAGCGGCUGAGUGCGGCGCCGGUCUACGCCGAUUCUCUGGAAGCCGCCGAGGUUCUGCUGGCCGAUCUGCUCAAAAACAUUGAGAACUGGCGACAGUACGCGAGCAUCGGGUUCCUGUACCCCGAAGUGAACGGGGACGCGCUCAGACUCGUCGCAAAAUUCGCAAAGAGCAAGGAGCUGGUGUCGACGGGUCGAUUCAUCAGAAGUCAGUUCACGAAGACGUUCAUCGCUUCGCCCGACGAGAAAGUCUAUUCAAUGUCCGAUUGUGCUCAUCAGUUUGUUUAG